AUGUUCACGGAAUGGGAUGACCUAACCUCUAAAGAAAAAAAAGAAAAAGGACUUGAGUUAAUGACAAAAUGGAAAUCUUUAAGGGAUCAAUUUCGUAAGGAGUUAAAGUUGCAGAAAUGUUCAAAAUCCGGUCAAACUGCCUCAAAACGACGAAAGUAUAUCCAUUAUGAUGCAUUACUUUUUUUAAAGAAACACACAGAACACGCUUUAACAUCGUCAAACAUGCUCAAUAAAGACAGUCAAGAUGUUUUUGAGGAUGACGACAGUUCGGUUAAUACCACCCCCAGUGUUACUGAACCAUCUAAUAAAAAGAAAACAUUAGUUCAAAUGUUUCUGGAAUCGAAUAAAGAGAUAUCGAAUGUUAUGCGCGAGAGCAUAUAA